AUACUUUCCCGGUCCUCUGGCUUAUUAGGUCCUUGGACGUGGCCUUAUUUUUCUGGUAACAAUUCUGGCCAAAAUAAAAAUCUCGAAUAAGGAUGGCAUCCAGGAAAAAGGCCUUUGAAGAAACGGACAAGCUUACUAGGAUAGCAAUUGUCAAUUCCGACAAAUGCAAACCAAAACGAUGCCGUCAGGAAUGCAAGAAAUCCUGCCCAGUUGUGAGAAUGGGAAAACUCUGUAUUGAGGUAGCACCAACAGACAGGAUUGCUGUUAUUUCUGAAACUCUCUGCAUUGGAUGUGGUAUCUGUGUUAAGAAAUGUCCAUUUGAAGCAAUCACUAUCAUCAAUUUGCCUAGUAACUUGGAUUCCCAAGUGACUCACCGCUACUCCCAGAACUCUUUCAAACUCCACAGGCUCCCAACUCCCCGAGCUGGUGAAGUACUUGGUCUGGUUGGCACUAAUGGUAUAGGAAAAUCUACUGCUCUGAAGAUAUUGGCAGGAAAGCUGAAACCAAAUUUAGGUCGUUUUAAGGAUCCACCCGAGUGGUCUGAAAUUUUGACUUACUUCCGCGGCUCCGAGCUCCAAAAUUACUUCACGAAGGUGCUCGAAGAUGAUCUAAAGACGGUUAUCAAGCCGCAAUACGUGGACCAAAUUCCAAAGGCCGUUAAAGGCAGCGUUGGAGAAAUGAUAAAGCGCAAAGCUGAAAUCGGCAACGAACAAGAAAUGUGUCGAAUUUUGGAUUUGGGGCAUUUGAGCGAGAGAAAUAUCGAAAAUUUGUCUGGUGGAGAAUUGCAGCGUUUUGCCUGCGCAACGGUCUGCAUCCAGAAUGCGGAUGUGUACAUGUUCGAUGAGCCGUCUAGUUACUUGGACGUGAAGCAGCGUUUGAACGCCGCCAAGGCCCUCCGUUCUCUUCUGCACCCGACCAAGUACAUCGUCGUCGUCGAGCACGACUUGUCCGUUUUGGACUAUUUAUCGGACUUUAUCUGCUGCCUUUACGGAAUUCCGGGUGUAUAUGGCGUGGUGACGGUACCGUUCUCAGUCCGCGAAGGCAUCAACAUUUUCCUGGACGGCUACGUACCUACUGAAAAUUUACGUUUCCGUGAAGAGUCGCUCGUCUUCCGUGUAGCCGAGUCCGCUACGGAGGAAGAAGUCAAGCGACUCCACCACUACGAGUAUCCAACCAUGUCGAAAACUCUCGGCGACUUUAAACUGAGCGUCACCAGUGGCUCAUUCACCGAUGCCGAAAUUAUCGUUCUCCUCGGUGAAAAUGGAACAGGAAAGACGACAUUGAUUCGGUUGAUGGCAGGGUCCUUGAACCCCGAUGAGGGUUCAGGAGAAAUUCCAUCGCUCAAUAUUAGUUACAAGCCGCAAAAAAUCAGCCCAAAAUCGCAAAGCACUGUACGCGUUCUGCUCCACGACAAAGUUCGUGAUGCCUACACCCAUCCUCAGUUUGUGGCCGACGUGAUGAAGCCGUUGAAAAUCGACGACAUCAUCGAUCAGGAGGUCCAGAAUUUGUCUGGUGGUGAACUUCAACGUUUGGCCAUCGUGCUAUGUUUGGGCAAAGCCGCCGAUGUUUACCUAAUCGAUGAACCUUCAGCCUAUCUCGAUUCCGAGCAACGUCUCGUAGCGGCCAAAGUCAUCAAGAGGUUCGUUCUUCAUGCCAAGAAAACGGCUUUUGUGGUCGAGCACGAUUUUAUCAUGGCCACUUACUUGGCCGACCGUGUCAUCGUUUUCGAGGGCCGACCUUCGGUCGAGUCAUUCGCCAAUGCUCCACAAGCUCUUCUGCCUGGCAUGAACCGCUUUCUUGAGCUUCUGGCCAUUACGUUCCGGCGAGAUCCUAACAACUUCCGGCCGCGAAUUAACAAGGAGAACUCCGUCAAGGACGUGGAGCAAAAGAGAUCGGGCAAUUACUUUUUCCUGGAAGACUAGGAACAAGUAUUCUUUGUGCGACUCGAAUUCCGUUUACGGAUAUCUGCAGAGUUCUGUAAAUUGUUGGGUUAAGAAAUACAAAUCCUGUUUUUUCCUCCCGGCA